UUGACAAAUACAGUGGCCAGGGAAGAAGAAGACGAAGACGAAGACGAAAGUCUAGUUCAGAGACAAGAACGAAAGCUAGAGAGAGAGAGAGCGUGCGAGGCCAUGGAGGUGGAGGGUUCUUCGAAGAAGAUGAUAGCGACUCAGGCUGAGAUGGUUGAGGCGAGGGUUCCUCUAGCGUACAGAGACCAGUGUGCCCACUUGCUGAUCCCUCUCAACAAGUGCCGUCAAGCCGAGUUCUUCCUCCCAUGGAAGUGCGAGAACGAGAGACACUCAUAUGAGAAGUGCGAAUACGAGCUCGUCAUGGAGAGAAUGCUUCAGAUGCAGAAGAUCCGAGAAAAAGAGGCCAAAUUGAAGCAGGGACAGAAGCAGGGCAUUCCUCUCAUUCCCAACACUGCUAAUGCUUAGCCCAAAAAAUUAUGAUGUUGUGGAUUUGUUGUGAAGUUAAAUUUAUCAUACUUAAUUUCCCCAACUAGAGAAGAGAUCUUGGUGGAAUUGCAAUCUAUGAAAUUGAGCACAAUUUUGCUAAGAAAUAGACCACAUGUUUCUCUAGAAGUUUUGCUUUUAAAUGUAAUUAGUAAAUCAAAUGUUGUAGAAAUGUAAUAGGAAUGAUGUUUGGGUAGAUAAACUAUAUACAAACAUUGUAAAUUUGUAAUCAAUUGAGAACUUUUGUGCUGCAUUGCAUAUAACUGUCAUGUGAUGGGGGAAAAUAUGGGAAUUUAAGAGAUCUUGUGGUAGGAGCCUGUAGGUAACUGUGAUUUUACUUGAACCAAAAUCUAGUUGGUUUCUCUCAGAAUUAAGUAUUGUUUUUAUUACUGGCAGGCACAUAAAAACUCUUGAUAUAAAUUUUGAUUUAUGGCAUAACUUAGAUGAAUGAGAGACUUUGGACUUUAUUUGAGGACUUUGGUUUUAAAGUUGUAAGUUCCAUUCAAUAGGUGUGGUCCAUGAAUACUUCUUUUGUAUCCAAAUGCUGAUCUUUCUUCAGUUCUUUUAUUUGGUGAAUCAUCUUCUUGGGAUUCUGCGUGAACUUUAGCUAAUGAAAGUUGAAUACCCUAGAUUUGCUUGGAUGGAUAGGAUGAUGCUAUAUGAUCUUCAUCUUCUUUGUGUUUGUAUUAUAUGCAAGUUUGUUGAAGAUUAGUGCGAUCUAUUGUUUUUACACUAUAGAAGUUACUUUUCCAGUUUUACUGACUUUAUUAUGUAAAAGCAAGCUUUGCACAGUGAUGGCUAUAUCUUCUUUAUUCCAUCUGUUUUUCGGAUUUAGAUUACAGAUUGCAUAUCUUCUAUUAAAUGCUGUAUCUUUUAUUCUCACAAAAUAGGGCUUAACUACUGUUGUGUGUGUCUCUAUCUUACCUUAAAAGUCAUAACUUAAUAUUUUGGUUCACUCAUGCAUGCAUUUGUUAAAAGAGUUGUAUGUCCACCCUGUUGAAUUAUUCGAUGGUAAUGGUUCAGAUGGAGUAGUUCAUAUGUCCACCCUCUCUAAUUCGUCUAAAACGAGUUUUUCGGGACACUAGAUUUAUUUUUGUGAAACAAUAAUGUUCUUGUUGAAUGUUUUUUCAUAUUCUUUUAAAUAGUGGGUUUUUUAUUGCUAUUUUCCACUCAUGCCUGCAAUGCUGGAUUGGUUUUUUGCAGGGUACUUCUUAUUUGGUGAGAUGUGAAUGGUUUGAUGAUUUUCAUUGCUAUUAAUGGGAA